CCUGACUACUUCCUGUACUGGUGCUGGAUGUGGUAAGACUGCAGUCAGCCUGGUUCCUUGUUAUUAGUCCUAGUGGAGAUCGGGGAUCAUGGACAUUGAAGCAUAUUUUGAAAGAAUUGGUUAUAGGAAUUCUAGGAAGAAACUGGACUUGGAAACAUUAACUGACAUUCUUCAGCACCAGAUCCGAACCGUUCCUUUUGAGAACCUUAACAUCCAUUGUGGGGAAGCCAUGGAACUGGGCUUGGAGGCCAUAUUUGAUCAAAUUGUGAGGAGGAACCGUGGUGGGUGGUGUCUCCAGGUCAAUCAUCUUCUGUAUUGGGCUCUGACCACAAUCGGUUUUGAGACCACAAUGUUGGGAGGGUAUGUUUACAGUACUCCAGCCAACAAAUAUAGCAAUGCUAUGAUUCACCUUCUGCUGAAGGUGACUACUGACGGCAGGAAUUACAUAGUGGAUGCUGGGUUUGGACGCUCUUACCAGAUUUGGCAGCCUCUGGAGUUAAUUUCUGGGAAGGAUCAGCCUCAGGUGCCUUGCAUCUUCCAGUUAAGAGAAGACAAAGGAAUCUGGUACUUGGACCAAAUCAGAAGAGAACAGUACAUUUCAAAUCAAGAAUUUCUUGAUUCUGAUCUUCUGGAAAAGAACAAAUACCGAAAAAUAUACUCCUUUACUCUUGAACCUCGAACAAUUGAAGAUUUUGAGUCUGUGAAUACAUACCUUCAGAAAUCUCCAACAUCUGUGUUUACAAGCAAGUCAUUCUGUUCCUUGCAGACCUCUGAAGGGGUUCACUGUUUAGUGGGCUGCACCCUUUCCUAUAGAAAAUUCAAUUUUAAAGACAAUAUGGAUUUGGUAGAGUUUAAGAUACUGAGUGAGGAAGAAGUAGAAAAAAAGCUUAAAAAUAUAUUUAAUAUUACCUUGGACAGAAAGCUUGUGCCUAAACAUGGUGAUCAAUUUUUUACCAUUUAGUAUAAGGAGCAAAAAUGGCCUUUGGUAUUACUUCAUGUCCUGAAACUUUUUAUUAUAAAAAAUUUUAAACAUAUACUAGAGAAAAUAAAAUACUAAAUGUCUGUAUCACCCAAUUUAUCAAUUAUUAACUACCAUAUUUCUUCAAUGUUCACACAUUAUACCAAAGAAAAUUUUACCCUUAAAAAUAUCAGCAUUUAACAUUACAAAGUUGUAGUCAUCAAAACAGUAUGGUACUGGCACAAAAACGGACACAAAGCUCAAUGGAACAGAAUAGA